AUGGUGGUGGUGGGGGGCGGCAGCGGGAAUGCGUGGGCGAAGGAGAUGACCCUCCGCCGGAGGAUGGCCAGCAUAUUCAACAAGACGCUGGAGCACUUCCCGUCGCUGAAAGACUACAACGAUUACCUGGAGGAGGUGGAGGAUAUGACAUUCAACCUCAUCGAAGGAAUCGACGUCGAGGCGAUCGAGGCUAGGAUUGCCAGGUAUCAGCAGGAAAAUGCUGAGCAGAUAUACUUGUCGCGAGCUAAAAGGGCUGAAGAUCUUGCCGCGGCGCUUAAAGCAAGCAGAAUGGUCACUGUGAAGGCUGGCCCGAGUGAUACGGCGGCUGGAACCUCCCAAGGUAUUAGUGGUGGAGCAGGAGUUCAAGGCCAGUAUGCACCUGCCGCCGUUCCUGGUGGGUUGAAUCAGCCUCGUCCGACUGGUAACGCCCCGCAGCCAAUCGGUGGUUCAUCCGAUCCUCUACAUGGAUAUGAUGAGGAGACCAUGCGACUACGUGCGGAGAGAGGAGCUCGGGCAGGUGGUUGGACUGCUGAGUUGGGCAGGCGAAGAGCACUGGAGGAGGCAUUUAACAGCAUAUUCGUAUAA